GUGCGCAGUCAGCCUAGAGCUCCUCAUCCUUGGUAAAUGUAAAAUCCACCUUGUUCAUUAAGCCAGCAGCUAGCAGAUUAUGAUCUAACGGGUUCGCGUUACGCUCGCUGCUUCUCCAAACAAAACACUGUGCUAAUCUGCCACUAUUUUUCCCUCAUGUCAAAUCGGUGAGCCGUCAAAAACGGUGCCAGUCCUCCCAAAUUCCGUAAAUACCGAUUAUUCAGUGUGGACCUGCCCAAAUACUAGCGCGACUGUAACCUUAACACAGUUUUUUACGUGCGAGAGGUGUGUUGGUGCAUUUUCUUCUCGAAAAUCGCACCAUGGAGUUCAAGUUCAGCGUGAACGAGCUGUUCAAGAAUCCCAUUGUCGAGAUCAAUCAUAAUUUGAUACCGCCCGGCUUUAGCGGAGACAGAAGGGCGCUAUGGGAUUCAGUGAACAAGGUGUCAGAAGUCAUCAAUGCAAUGGGUGAAGCAUCUGCCAAAGCUCAAGGACUAUCCAAACCAAUCACUACUGCUGAUCGGCUUAGGAAUUCAGAGCAUCGAUUGUAUAUUUUGUUAGACCAGCAAGCAAAUAAUGGCAAAGGAGCAGUAACCGGCAUGUUGAAAACCGGGGCCAAGGGCUUGUACGUGUUCGAUAGAGAUGGUCAACAUUACCAAGUGUCGCCACCCUGCGUUUUAGAUUUUUAUGUUCACGAUAGCAGACAGCGUACAGGAUUAGGGAAACAAUUAUUUGAACACAUGCUACAGAAAGAGGGCAUAGAACCUGUAAAGAUGGCAAUAGACAGGCCCAGUGAAAAGUUACUAGGAUUCCUUAAUAAACAUUACGGACUUCAUUCUCCAGUGAAACAAAUGAACAACUAUGUAGUAUAUGAUGGAUUUUUUUCGAAAGCAUCGGAUAGUAACCAACAUCAGGAAGUCGAAAGAGACCAAAGUCCGGCUGGUACGCGUGCCCUAAAAAAGGACUCUGCUAAUGGCUUACAAACUUCAUCGUCACCCUACGGACGGUACGGUGCUCCCAGACCACCAUGUAGCAUGGGGCAGAUAAUCCAUAAUCAAACUUCUACAAUAAAUAAACAACAAGAGCCUAGUGGAGUUCAGUCGAUGCCAGCCAUGGGAGCACAUCAACAGCAAUACGGAUAUACCCAAAGUCAGAACGUCUCCCAAAGCGUCCCGAAUAUUCAAGAAGGCCGAAUGAUAAACAACCCCAAUUAUAUUCAAACCCAAGUUUCCGGCAAUUAUGCAUAUGCUCAAAAUUAUCAGACGAAUCCCCAAUAUGGUCAAACGAAUCGACAGCAAUAUGUAAUGGAAAGCAAUGUUCAAAAUCCUAAACAUCUGCCACAAAUUGCGGAUGAUGUGUACGUGUAUCGACAAGACAGUCAACAACAAAACUAUGCACAAGAUCAACAGACAGAGCAGCAGAAUUAUGCACACGGUUCCCAACCUCAGCAACAAAGCUAUACACAAGGCCCACCACAGAACUAUGCACAGGAUCAAGAAACUAAUCAAACCUUUAGCCAAAGUGACGUGCAAUAUGGUGAUAUGAUACAGGGCAAUAUACCACCUCACUAUCAAAUAUACAAGGCGAUGCAAGGCGAUUGUCAAUAUAUGCAACAACAGCCCCAACGAAACCAAAUGACACAACAACAGAUCCAAGGUAACAAGCUAAUGCAACUACAACCCACUCAACAACAGCAAGCUUAUGUUCUAAGCCACGUGACGCAAAGUGCACCUCAGUUAUCGAAAAAUACUUACAACCAAGGACUUUCUAUGACUCACCCUAAUCACGGCCCUGUGUCAAACAUGCAUUUUCCUGUUGAUCACCAACAAAUGCACCAACAGAAUAUUCCACAAGCGAAUGCUUUUGUUCAACAUCAAGUUGCAAAUACCAACCAAAUACAGCAAGCCAUUCGAACUGCAAGUACCGUAAGCCAACAACAAGUUGCUCAUCAUCAUAUGCAAAAUCAACAGAAUCAACAAAAUAUUCCCAUGAUUGACCAAGUGCGAAGCAUGCAUCAACAAAACGUACAACAAAUGCCCGCUUACAACCAACAGCAAGUAUCACAACAGACAUACAAUGAACAUAACCAAUCAGGGGCUAAGGACAUUGAUCAAAUGCAAAUUCAGCAACAGCCAAACGUGCAACAAGCUGCCAGUACCUUUGGUCAACAUGCGGUUGCUCAACAGAUGCAAAAUCAACAGUACCAACCUGUUGCUCAAGACAAUAUCCAAGAAAGCCCUACUAUUGCCAUGCAUCAACAACCACAGCUCAUACCAACAAGUGCCUACAGUCCACACCAAGCUGAUCAACAGAUGCAAAAUCAACAGAUACAGCCAACUGUUCAAAGUACUCAACAAAAUGCGCGAAACGAAAUGUCCUUAAUUAUGACUGGUGAACAAUAUCAACCAGGUGAUCAAAAUCAACCUAUUGUUCAUCCACGUUCAUCUCCAUCGAUUCAUCAGCAUGCUUCUCAACAGAACUACAAUAUCCCCCUACAUAUAUCAAAUGAUACAAAUUUGAUUCAACAGCAGGCAAAUACGAAUCAGCAUCACCACCACAAUUUGCAUCAACAGAUGCCUGUUAUGCAACCAAAUGUAAACCUAAAUACUUCUCAAUACCGAAUGGUUCAACAAGUGGCUUCAAAUAUCCUACAACAGUCAGACGUUAGCAUGCAUUCACCAAUCAACCAAAGUAUGACAGGUGUUCAGCAACAGUCUAUAAUCCAGCCUCAUGUCUCCCAUGUCCAAAAUCUGAACAUAUCAGGUGCAAAGAGUGAACAACAGGUCAAGAGCAACAUUCCACCAAAUAACACUGCCUCUGCCACCAGUGUCCAGCAAACGUUGACUGGUAAUGCGGGUUACGUUGAACGCGUUGCUCCAGCAGGAGGAGACAUGAAGCAGACUGGGAACAAAUUGAGUAGCAAGUCCAAAGUAGAAUGGACCGAUGAGGAUUCCUUGAGAAAUGGCUACCCACCCCAGCUACCCACUGUAAAGCCCGAAAGGCUCACCAGCUAUAAUCAGAUCCGUAUCCGUCAGCAAUCCUAACCCUUCCUAUCCUCUCCCACGUCUCUAGUGUUAAGUAGUGUACUUCACAGAUCUAAGGGCCCAAAUAGCAUCCCAGUAAUCGUACCAUUCCCUUAGACCCGUUAAAUAUUCCAGUAAAACCGAGAUAGCUGCAGACCAACCUUCAGAAGAGAAAUCUGAGCGCCCUGAGUCGCUACCCUUGCCUCUGAACGGAGACCAAAAUGGCGGCGCAACCACCAAUGGCGAGGAAAAGGUUGAGGACGAAGUAGAUCAUUUGGAAAAUGAGGUGGGAAACAUUCAAGUGACCGAACAAACAUCUGCGGAAACAGCUGAAGAAAAGUUCGUGGAAAAACCGGUGGUUCUACCUGUGUCUGCUGAAGAAAGCACCUCACGAAAAACUCCGCACCUAACCGAGCAAGGGUUCUUCGAUUUGAAAUUCUAUCAUAACAAACUUUGGUAAUAUACUGCUUGCAAAGUUUUCCUUUGUCAUUUAUUCUAGCUAAACAGUGCUCGAAAGUCGAUGCGAAGACUGCUUUUUUGAUCAUAUGAUUUUUUCUAGUGCUUUCGUUCACUUGAUCGUUCGAUCGUCGGCCGGAUAUUGGAAUAUUCGUCCAAUUAUAUAAGCCAUAAAAGAGGUUUAACGUCGGAAUGAGAAAUAAUAAUCUGUAAACUUGUAGAACCCUUUAUUUUGCCAUUAUAAAAGUUGUUUCAAAAGUCCCACAAAUAUCUCGUGUCCGCGUGUGAAGAUAUCAAUGGUCACAAGAACGGUUUCUUGCAAAGACUAUUGUGGGUUUAAGGCUAUUUGCAUUUUUCAUGAAUGCUGCAGAGAGUCAAAUUCUCUACAACGUUGUUACAAACAUUUUACAAAUAUACAGGUUGACUACUCAAACCUGAAAAAAAAAAAUCGCAGGACUCAAACGAAGAAUGGCGUCACCAACAAAGUCCUAUAUGUUGCACAGGACACAUAGAGGUACAUAUUUAGGGUACAGCUUUGCCAAAAAUCUAAGGACCACAAGGUGAUUCUGUGCCUAUAUUAAUCAUAUGAAAAAAUGUUUGUAACAAAAGUUGUCGACAAAUUCAUUCUCUACCAAAAUUCCUACUGAAUGCAAAUAGCUCUAAACCCAUAGGAAGCGAGAUCGUUGCAUUAAACGAUUUAUUUUGCGACCUUUGACCUCUAAUAUCUUAAGACGCGGGCACGAUCAGGUGGUGAAAUGUGUAGUCAACUCAGGCCUCACAGUGGUGCAAAUACUUUGCUGCCAUUAUUUAUCAGACCAGAAGAAAAAUGGCAGUUUGACAAUAAAGUAUUGUACGUGUUAAACACACCCGCUAGGUGCCGCUGCCAUUGCGCAUCCAGAAAAUAGUUAUUUUUGGGAUCUACAAUUAUGGUUAUAAGCCAAUGUUGUAUGCACCACAUAAAACACCAUGAAUUAAGGCGAAUGUCAUACGAUCAGUAUUUACUAUGCAGUCCAUACCGUCAGUAUUUACUGAUUGUGUCUCUAGUGAGUCUAGUGUCAGUGGAUAUAUACGUAAGCUUGUACAGGGAGUCCCGUUUUGGGUGAUCUCCAAAAGCCUCACAACUGUCCUGUCGAACAUUUUUGAUAGAUCAAAUUGUUUUAGAAGUCUCGAUUUGACCUUGAAAUAGCCUUGAAUGAAAUAGUCAAGGUGAUGGUCAGAUGUAAAAAGGGGGUGUUCUAUUUGAGAAUAUUCACAUGACCUUGGAAGUGACCUUAAACAUCGUAAUGUUCAUUGUCAACGGCGCUAUACUUUUGCCCCCUCGGAACCCUACAACUUUUGCCUAAAACUUUUGUCUAGGAUGCGUAGUUUUCGUAAUAUUUAGAUAGAGAGAUUAAAGUGGGUCACGCUGUAUAUCAGUAAUAACUGGUAAAUAUCAUAUUCCAUGACUAAAUACUGACAUUCGCUCAAAGAGGAUUGCCCGAUGGUGACAAUUUUCCAAAAUUUAUAACUUAUUAAUAAUCUUGCCAUGCUGUUACCCGAAACAAGGUGACGCAUUUAACUUCAAUUCCUCAGUCCGAUUUUCUUCGAAAAUUACUAUAAUUUUUGUGUUUUUAUGCGUAUCUUGUAAAUUCAACUAUUAAAAAAGUAUUCUCCGCUCAACGGAGAAUAUUCAUUGAUAUCGCAUAAGGCCUUGCUUCAAAAUCCACAUAUUACAAUAAUUAUUAGCACAUUGUUUGCAAACUGUAACAAAAAAUUUUAAUGAAUCCUUGAAUUUUGACAGGCCCAAAUUUAUGAGACAAAAUAUUAGUUUGUUCCAAUAAAUGUUAUUUUAAUUCUUCAUAUUAUGAACCAAACUAUGUGAGUACAAAGUUGAUCCAUCUGUAACACAGUAUUUAUAAAUUUUGCUUUUUCCCAGUUAUUCUAAAUAACUAAAAAUAUUUUAUCGUAGACCUCUAUAUACAUACUUUUUUGUUUUGCUCAUUGCCAGUUUGCAGAAGUAUGAAAUUGAAUGUUGACUUUACUGAAAACUGGUGCUCAAAUAUUGUACAUUUUUAGGUCAUAUAAUUUAGUGUGCACAGAUAAACUGUUGGGAAAUAACUAGACUACCCUAAUUGUUAAAUCAACAUGUAGUUAAAUCUUACACACCAUAAAUAUGUGUGAGUUAUCCAACGGAAAGUUAUGAUACUUAAGUAACAAUCGGGGGAGUCGCUCUUGUUAUUUCCCAAAGUGUAGAUAGAAAAUCCAUUAUUUGACGUAACUAAAAAUUCCUCAUUUUCAUAAAGUAUUUCAUAGUGUAACAGAAAAAAUGCAUACUGAUUUUUGUAGUUCACGAUAUGUUAGACAUAAUCUCUUCAAUUUGAAAGAUAUCUCUCAUAUUUCCCACGACAAGCAGAUAAAACUUUUUUGGAAUUGGCAUGUUUUGAAAAAUAUAAUGUUCGUUCAUAAGAAAUGCAUAACCUUGAAAAAAAUGGAGAGAGAGAUUCCCUAAAGGAUCAGUACCUUCGUUUUUAGUGCUAGACCAUAAAUGUCACUUUAAUUUUUUUGACUUCAUUGAAUAUAAUGUGACUCUGUGAUUUGUUGUAGGACACUGCUUGUUAUAAAUCUGUUUUAAUCACUUUAUACAUCUACAAUGUAGCUAUUUUAUACCUAAUGAUUGUGCCCAAAGAAGUACUAAGUGUGAUGUAAAAGUAUAUCCACCUACAUAUUAUAGGAUAAAGUUGUAUUGUACAUUUCUGAAGCUAUUAAAUGAUAAUCUAUUGUUGUGAAACAUGUACUCAUUAAACAUAAUAUUUAUUUGCAAAGUCCAGUAAUUUUAGUGCAAUAUUUAUUUUAUUUAUUUAUAAAGAUGAAAUAUAUGGUAUUAUUGAUUAAUAA